GCCAGCACUGCGGUAAGCACUCUCGAACAUCGCUUGCACGUUUGUGAGGCGAGUGCCUUUGUCUUCAAAGAGAGGCAAUGUCAGCGCUAUGAAGCUCUGCGUGUUAAUGUUUGCGUCAACGUUACUCAUUGCUUCUGGGGCGACACCGGUCGUGGCCAGCAGCUGCGAGAAACGCUUGGUUCCCCCAUCUACAAUGCUGCUUGAACCUGAAGUGCACGUCAAGAGUGUCGACAAAGGUGGCCGUGCCGAAAUGGCCUGCCGUUUCUGCGACGAAGGUGCCUCGCCCACGGGUCGCCAGUGGUUCCGGCGCCCGAUGGAGGGCGACUUCGAGCGCCUCCAGCCCGACGCGCACGACGACCCCGCGCUGGACCGAGUGGCGGUGGCCGCCGACCACGCGCUCACGCUGGCCAACGUGAGCGUGGCGGACGUCGGCUUCUACGUGUGCCACGACAACGAGGAACCGCCCACGCGUUACAGGAUGGAGUACCUGCUCGACGUGGCCGUGCCAAGACAGACUGAACCGCACACUGGUGACGAGCAGCAAUACAAGAAGUACCUGGAAGAGUUGCAAGAAGGCUACGAGAAGCUCGACCUCGAGGGCCCUUUGCAACGGUACGGCGUGGUCACCAGCUGGGAUGACUGGCAGCCUUGCGAUCGAUGCGGCGAAGUGGGACUGCGCAAACGCUACGGACGUUGUCAGCUGCGCACCAGCAUUAACGCCCUCUACAUGCCUCCGGGCGCCCAGGUUCCGCUGAACAUCACCGUGCCGAUGAUGGGGCCAAGCUGCAGGUCUGCGCUGCUUCGCCGAUACGCCAUCUCGCGGCAGCUGUUCGCGUUUCCGGAUUUCGUUCAAACCGAAUACUGCCAGGAGCCAUGCGACGAAGAAUUCCAGGCGAAGCACACCAUGUCACCGACAAACAAGUCUUUCUUCGGUCAGAUGAGCAUUGAGAAGGCCGAAGACGAGGAGACUGCCGAACUGGAUGUCGCCGAGUUCAAAAGAGUUGAGCGGCCUGGAACGAACAUCAAGCUCAUCUGUCCUGGCGUGUCGGGCCCCGGCGUGGCGGUGACGUGGUUCCACAACGGCUCCAAGCUUCGCCCCACGUGGAGCCGGGUGUCUCUGAGCGCUGCGAGCCAGGAGGUGUUGUUCAAGCCACUCAAGGAACGCGACGCGGGCAUCUACGAGUGCACGGUCAUGGGCGUCAAGAUGGGGCACCUCGAAUUGUACGUGAGGAAGGCAAAAGAAAUAAGAGUGCUGGGCAUGUCCGACGCCUCCUGGUUCACGCUCGUCACCGUACUGGCAAACUUCUGCGCAUACCUAGCCGUCGUGUCCGCCAACUGGAACCAGCACUACAAGAGACUCGAGAUACAGGAUUACCUGGCCACGAAGAGGGCCGAGAGGCAGCAGGUCUCGUGAAUGGAAACAGACGUCCAGGCGUGCAUUGUCGACUAAGCUCCUGUUCCCCUCACCGAGGACUGGACGGAGAAUUAAAGACGAAUUGAAUGAUA